AUGCUCACUCGACCAGCCCCAGAACCAGUCUACCUCUUCAGGCCAACCCACCAAGAACUAAGCACUACCAACAACCGAGCCAUCAACCAUCUCAACUUCAUCUCACUCAAACAACACCAACAUCUAGCACUCCUCACAGCCGAUAACCAUGGCUGGAUCUCAAUCUGGAACCUCGACUCAAAACGAACCCAAUCACUAUGGCACCCUCACCCGCACACCCAGUCCAUCGGCGGCUGUCUCUCGGCCUGGCCCCUAACCACUCACUCAGACCAAUCAUCAUCACUCUUCAUCCUCUCACAGGGAAGAGACCACCAACUGAUCCUCAAUCAGAUCCUCAACUAUACCAAGACCUGCUCCAUCUCAACAAUCACUAGAGCCAACCUCAAGCCAACCCAUAGCAAUCCCUCCACUAAUGUCUCCAUCGUCGCACAGACCCCGAUCAAUGCUAUCAACUUCUGCAAAGCUAGCUCGCUCCCCUUGCAUCAUUCUCCCUUGGCGGUCUCCCAAAAUAUUCAUUCAAUCGUCGCCCUCCCUAGUCUCAUCUCUGAAGAAUUCGUCGAUAUCUUUGCAAUCCGAAUCGUUGAUCCUCCCAAAAUUAUCAAGAUUUGUGAAGCACUUGGACGUGAAAAGGAUCAAGGAAGAAAUAAGACUCAGACAGGUUCUGUUGUAGCAGUUCAAUUAUACUCGCCUCCGGGGACCAAAGGAUUGAUACUAAUGAUGAUUGGAUACGAGAGCGGAGAAGCACGAAUCCUAAAGAACGAGUCAUUAAUUGAUCCAGGUUUCCAAUCCAGCAGCAGUAGUAAAGAAGAAGAAGAACGUAUGAUGGAUGGCGUGGAUUGGGAAGAGGUGGGCCGAUUCCAAGGGCAUACCGAGCCAAUUCUCUCCUUGACGAUCUCCAUUGACCCGCUCGAUCGACUGGCCGGGAUUGGAUGGAGCGUUGGUGCAGACAGGAAGAUUGUCCGGUACGAGCUCACAGCGAUUGCAUCCGAUCCCCCGGCCCAUUGCCCCCACACAAACAUCUCCCAGAACGGGGGCCAGUAUCAAAUGUCAAUGAACCCAAUGGUCUUCGAGACCAACCAGCCCGGCCGGUUUGAUGUCCAAGUACGUUCGGAUGGCAAGGUCCUGGGGAUAUACACCUGGGGAGGGAAGCUAUGGUUAUUUGAUACGACGGCCAUCGAGCCUGACCAAGCGGAGCCCCCAAAGAUCACGGGUUCCCGACGGGACAAGGCUUGCGCCGUUGAAUCCGCCCGACCAUUCACACUGCGUCCCCUCCUUGUCCUCAAGCUGCCCACCGAGCCUGAACAUCGUAGCGGUGUCCUUGCUUUUGCUCCCUUCCCUCCCCCUCCCCCUCCUCUUCUUGCCCCCUCUUCUCCCCCCGCCUCUCCUCCUCGGACUCUCCCUAAUCGACUGGACUCCUUGGCCGGAUUGGCUCUGCUCGUCGCCUCCGCACCUGCCGGUCAAAUCAUCGCCUGGGAAGUCUUUCCGCCUCCCCCACUCCCUCAGAGUCGUGCUUAUAUGUCCCGUUCCAAGCAGUCUGAAGCCACUAUCGAUCCCUCGAAAGAAAACGCAGACUCGAUCUAG